UCCCAAAGUGCUGGGAUUACAGGCGUGAGCCACCGCGCCCGGCCGGCAAACUUGAUAUAAGUAGAGAGGUUAUUUGGGCCAAGUUUGAAGAUUGUAACCCGGGAGCAUAGCUUCAAGUUGCCCUGAACAUAUAGGAUUUGCAACAGUGACAAAACACAACUGAAGACACUGGUUGUUCUAGCAGGCUUUGACUGGAAUGGCAUAUUUCCAGAUAUGACCAGACUGCUUUGAGGAAUUCAGGUUGGCUUAACAGAGCCAAUAAAAAGCUACUUGGAAAGAGUGGCCAUGUGCCUUAUCUAUACAGUUCCCUUACAAGGUUCCUGAUCUUGAGACAUUUAGCUUCACUUGAACCUGUGUUUGAAGCUUUAGUGAACAUUGUCCUUGGGAGUAAGAAGUACUAGAAAAUUUAUGAUGCAUGAGGGUGCCCGGCUGAGAGCAGACAAGCCGCCUAGCAGGUGGCUUUUCAAGCGGAAUCACAGACUAGCUCCAUCACUGUGGUGAACGUUCUCCCCAGUGCCAGGAUUCCACUUGGCCCCUGACUGCUUGAGCAGCCGAUAUGACAGCCAUCUCUCUGCUGCCGUGCAUGUCGGCUGGGCUGGAGCCAGUGCAUCAGGAAGUAGAUGCAGAAGUGGAUCAGGAGCAAAACAUUCCUGAGAGCUGGCAGAAGCUGGCGUCUGUAGCCACUGGGAUGCGGCCGCCCGUCUUCCUGUUGGAGGCACGCAGACCCCUGGAGGACAAGCAUGAAACUCCACAGGGCUCCCCCAGGUGCUGGAAUUAUGGCACCUUUCAGCUUCUUCUCCAGGAGUUUUAACAAGCAUGCAUACCUUUUAUAAGUGGGAGGGCUCGGCCCUAGCUCCACACUGCGCUGCCCAGAGGCCCCGCUGACUCCUGCCAGCCUCCAGGUCCCCGUGGUACCAAAGCUGAACAUGGACGUGACCAUCCAGCACCCCUGGUUCAAGCGCACUCUGGGGCCCUUCUACCCCAGCCGGCUGUUCGACCAGUUUUUCGGCGAGGGCCUUUUUGAGUAUGACCUGCUGCCCUUCCUGUCAUCCACCAUCAGCCCCUACUACCGCCAGUCCCUUUUCCGCACCGUGCUGGACUCCGGCAUCUCUGAGGUUCGAUCCGACCGGGACAAGUUCCUCAUCUUCCUCGAUGUGAAGCACUUCUCCCCGGAGGACCUCACCGUGAAGGUGCAGGAUGACUUUGUGGAGAUCCACGGAAAGCACAACGAGCGCCAGGAUGACCACGGCUACAUUUCCCGUGAGUUCCACCGCCGCUACCGCCUGCCGUCCAACGUGGACCAGUCGGCCCUCUCUUGCUCCCUGUCCGCCGACGGCAUGCUGACCUUCUGUGGCCCCAAGAUCCAGACCGGCCUGGAUGCCACCCACGGCGAGCGAGCCAUCCCCGUGUCGCGGGAGGAGAAGCCCACCUCAGCUCCCUCGUCCUAAGCAGGCAUGGCCUCGGCUGGCUCCCCUGCAGCCCCAGCCCAUCAUCGGGGGAGCACCCUGAGGGGGGGGUGUCUGUCUUCCUUUGCUUCCCUGUUUUUCCUUUCCACCUUCUCACAUGAAAUGAGGGUUUGAGAGAGCAGCCAGGAGAGCUCAGGGUCUCAGGGUGUCCCAGACCCCGACACCGGCCAGUGGCGGAAGUGACCGCACCUCACACUCCUUUAGAUAGCAGCCUGGCUCCCCUGGGGUGCAGGCGCCUCAACUCUGCUGAGGGUCCAGAAGGAGGGGGUGACCUCCGGCCAGGUGCCUCCCGACACACCUGCAGCCUCCCUCCGCGGCGGGCCCUGCCCACACCUCCCGGGGCGCGUGAGGCCCGUGGGGCCGGGGCUUCUGUGCGCCUGGGCUCUGGCGGCCUGUUCUCUCAGACCGUCUUCCUCCAACCCCUCUAUGUAGUGCCGCUCUUGGGGACAUGGAUCGCCCAUGAGAGCGCAGCCCGCGGCAAUCAAUAAAGAGCAGGUGAUACAAGCAA